AUGCGUGUUACGAUGCAAAAGUUUGUACUGAGGGCACUGUUGUGUCUCGGCCUUGGCGGCCGGCUCUUUGUUGGUGCAGACGUUGUCUAUGUGACUGAUCUGACCAUUUUCACAGAAUUGGCACCAUGUGCUGCUUCAGCAGUAUCCUAUGCUGUCAUGUCCAUGACCUAUGAUGCUUGUCCCGAGGCCGUCACGGAACUGCAGUCGUGUGUCUGCUCCAAGAACCAGAACUCCGCAUCGAUCAGGACGCGGCUGUCCUCCUCAGUCAGCUACAGUUGCGGAGGGACUGCAUCCGAUGAUCAGGCAAGCGCAACACUUGUCUACGACGCGUAUUGCAACCAAGCUUCUGCCGCUUCAUUCGCGAAGCCUUCAAGCCCGGUGUCAGAGUAUAUUACCGACUACCCGGCAUGGGCUGAUCUUGCACCCUGCGCCCGCAGUGCGCUCUCGUAUAAUGUCAUGAGUAUGACUUACGAUCUAUGCCCCGCAGACGCAAGUAUGUUGGCAACCUGCGUAUGUCAGAAGAACCAGAACUCCUUGAAGGUCAGCCAAGGCAUCAACACCUCGGUCAAAUAUUCAUGCUCGUCGCAUACGGCGGAUUUGUCUUCGGCGCAGGCAGUAUACGCGGCGUACUGUGGAUUGAACAACGGGACCUCGUCGUUUCCUACUACUUCGAAUCCCCCAGGCGACAUGACAUACUACAUCACCGGCCUAUCCGAGUACGCCUCUCUAGCUCCCUGCGCACAAUCCGCAGUGUCCUAUGGUGUUUUCAGCCAAACCUACGACAAUUGUCCCGGAGGACCGCAGGCUCUUGCCUCGUGCGCGUGUAUCAAGGAUCAGAUGCCUUCAGUGGUGUCAAGCGUCAUCACGUCCAAUGUCAAAUACUCAUGCUCGAGUACGGCCUCGGAGGACAUCACUUCGGCCUUGGCGGUCUGGAACUUGUACUGUAGCGCGGCGAAGGGUCUAGUUACACCCGCCGGUGUUACAGAGUCUGUUCAACAAACUAGCGCGAUAGAAACCGCCAGGACCGGAAGCGGCGCCGGAGCUUCUGGCCCCUCGGCUACAGGUACAGCUGGUUCUGGUUCGGGCAGCUCUGGGGGUAGCUCGGGCAGCUCGGGCAGCGCGGGUUCUUCAGGAGGCAGCAAGUCGAACUUGGGUACGAUCGUGGGAGCUGUGGUGGGUGUCAUCGUCGGACUGCUCCUCAUCGCUGGAGUUGCGUUCUUCAUCUGGCGGCGUCGACGAGCGGCGAAAGACUGGCAACAUACCCCAAUCGCACUAGGGAAUACCGAUACUCACGGAAAGCCUGAGCUGGACAGCACGGCUGUCGCCGCUGUCCCUGCUGCGAGCCCGAGCCCCAGCACGUUGAAGCCAAAUGUGCCGACCCGGACCGAUAACGUUUCACCUGUAUCAACACAUGGCACAUAUCCUCAGUACCCUCAGCAAUCCGAACUUCCAGGGCAACAUGGAUACUCGGCACCAGCGCCACAAUCCCCUCAGCAACCCGAGCUUCCUGGCCAGAACGGCUUCUCUGCACCACCAGCUCACUAUUACAAUCAGUCCGAACUACCAAAUCACCAGUCGUACAGUGAGAUGCCUUCCCCAGCAUCUGAAGCGCAUGGUCAGCAGAUAUACGAAGCACCAGGCCAGAACAGACCCGAUAUGUACAACGCGAGCCAUCAAGGAGCAAGCUGGCAGAGUGGGCCAGUGAGCACCCAUUAUGAGAUGGAUGGUGGAUGGACUGGUCAGAAUCAGCAACCGCAGCGCUAG